UUUACUACUGGCGACGGAGAGGCACAGCGAAGGGGAUCCUAAGGGACUGAACCAUUUAGGCCUGCCUCUAAUGUCGGAGAGUAAAAUAUCGACAUUAUAUUUUGCUGUUCUCGUGCAAUAACCGUGUUGUCAUUUUGGAAGGAGAUAUCCAUCAGGUGAAAUCACUGAAACGCCUUUAUUAUGAAGAAAAAGGCCAACUGACUAACGAACGAGCAACAGCGAAGUCUGACAGUUGAGUGGAAAUCUCAGCGUUGACUGCGGUUAGAUUUUGUCUCUCCAUACACGGAUUCAGAUGAGUUUAUAUUACUUGAAGUUGUAAACAACCUAGUAAUCGCUAGUAUUUUGUGUUUGGGAUAUGUUUGUGAAAGACAACAGCCAUGAGCAGUGACCCGUGGGUUUCGUAUACUACUGUACGCCACGCGUGCCUUGCAUGAACCUGAAGUUGUCAGAAGCGAAGCUACAGAAUUCGGGACUGUGAGACGGGGGACAUUGUUGCACAUUGUGGUUUAGGUUCUCUUUCAAUGCAAGGGAAUAGGCAAUUUACUUAGUAGCUAGACACAUAGCAACAUAUCCAUAGCGAGUGUUACCGGAAGCGUAAUUAAAUUGAGAGUUGAUAUCCUUCUAAUCGCACAAACUUUGUGGCCUCCUGCCCAUUCAGCUAACGGUAACGUUAGCUAGCAGCUAACUAACGUUACUCCCCCUGCUCUGCGACGCAUGAGACUGCGGAUUGAAUCAAGAACACUUGAAAAGAAGACGCAAUGCGAUGCAAUUUAUUGCAAAGUGAGACUUUUCCUUUGUUUAGCCACAAUGAUUCCCACGGUUGCAUUUGUUUGUGGUGAUUUUGAAUAUCCCUCUGACCUGUGCAGUUAACUAGCUGAGGCUAACCAGUGACUUAGCUCGCUAACUAGCUAGCUAGUAGUGAACACGUUGGACUCUUCCCUCCCUCCGCCCAUUUUUCCGGGAUGACCGUUUGUAUUUUUGUUUACCUGUGGUUUAACUAACAAACCAAAGGACAGCUACCCCUUGCCAACUAGUUGUAAUCGAGUUGACUCGGAUUCUUCCCCAGACAGUUGCUCUCGACUGCGUCGUCGAUCGGAUAUUGACCAGAGUUGAGUCAAUAUGUGGCCGCGGACUUUCCUUGUGUUUUUUGUGACUGCUGUCUACGUAUGGAAUUGUCAGCAAACGAAUGGAGAAAUCUCCCCGGGAAUCUGCUGCAGCAAGGACAUCCGGAACAACGUGACCAACCUGCGCUCCCUGGAGAACUGCACGGUCAUCGAGGGCCACCUGAAGAUCCUACUCAUGUUCAAGACCAAACCCGAGGACUUCAGGGGUCUCAGUUACCCCAAACUGACCGUGGUCACAGACUUCCUCCUCUUGUUCAGGGUCUACGGAAUGGAGAGCCUCAAAGACCUCUUCCCCAAUCUCACCGUGAUCCGAGGUAACAACCUGUUCUUCAACUACGCUCUGGUCUUCUUUGAAAUGCUGCAGCUGAGGGAUAUCGGUCUCCAUAGCCUGAUGAACAUCACCCGAGGAGCGGUGAGGAUCGAGAAGAACCCGGACCUCUGCUACCUCUCCACCCUGGAUUGGUCCAAGAUCCUGGAUACGGUGGAGGACAACUAUAUCGUGUCCAAUAAGAACGACAGGGAGUGCGGGGACGUGUGUCCCGGAGCGCUGGCCAAGGGGAAGGCUACCUGUCAACAGACCACCAUCAAUGGAAACUUCAACGAACGCUGCUGGACGCACAAGCACUGCCAGAGAAUGUGUCCCCCCAGCUGUAAGCACCGGGCCUGUACCAGAGACCACCAAUGUUGCCAUGAGCAGUGUCUGGGAGGCUGCUCUGAGCCCUACAACAGCAGCAGCUGUGUUGCCUGCAAGAACCUCCAGUACCAAGAGGCAUGUGUGGACCACUGUCCCCAGGGAUACUACACCUACAUGGGCUGGCGCUGCGUCCCCUUGUCCUUCUGCCAGGACCUCCACAACAAGUGUAAGGAGAGCAAGAGCAGCGACUGCCACCAGUAUGUCAUCCACAACGGAGCCUGUAUACCAGAGUGCCCCUCCGGAUAUACUACUGUCAAUUCUACCACGUUGGUCUGUACUCCAUGUGCUGGGCUGUGUCCUAAGGUGUGUAUGGGCCUGAAGAUGGUGGACUCUGUGACAGCAGCACAGGCUAUGAGAGGAUGCACCGUCCUCAACGGCAGCAUGGACAUCAACCUUAGAGGAGGAAAUAACAUAGCAGCAGAGCUGGAGGCUAACCUUGGUCAACUGGAGGAGAUUACAGGCUUCCUGAAGGUCCGGCGUUCCUACGCCCUCGUCUCGCUCUCUUUCCUCCGCAACCUACGGGUCAUCAGAGGGGACACACUGAUGGACGGGGGCUACUCGUUCUACGCACAUGACAACCAGAACCUGCGUCAGCUGUGGGACUGGACCCAACACAACCUGAGCAUCCUGCAGGGGCGCAUGUUCUUUCAACUCAACGCUAAGCUCUGCAUGUCAGAGAUACGCAAGAUGGAGGAGGUGACUGGCACCAGGGACAGGCAUACCAAGAACAACAUUGUAUCUAAGACCAACGGAGACCAGGCCUCCUGUGAGAACCAGGAGUUAAGGUUCAGCCAGGUGCGUGCCACACAUGAUAAGAUCAUGAUCAAAUGGGAACCGUUCUGGCCUCCUGACUUCAGAGACCUGCUUGGCUUCAUGGUCUUCUACAAGGAAGCGCCUUACCCCAACGUGACAGAGUUUGACGGCCAGGAUGCGUGUGGUUCUAACUGGGUGAUAAUUGACCUGGACCCCCCAGCCCGGGCAACAGAGGGCAACCCACAACAGGAGCCAGGUACAUUGAUCUUGGCUCUGAAGCCCUGGACGCAGUACGCCAUCAUGGUCAAGACCCAGCUCUCUGCCUCUGAUGAACACCAGGUCCUCGGGGCCAAGAGCCAGAUCACCUACGUCAGGACAGACGCCACCAAGCCGUCAGUGCCCCUGGACCCCAUCUCCUCCUCCAACUCUUCCUCUCAGAUCCUCCUGAAGUGGAAACCUCCCACGGACCCCAACGGGAACAUCACUCACUACCUAGUGUACUGUCAGCAGCAGCCUGAGGCCAGCGAACUCUACAAGUUCGACUACUGUCAGAAAGGUAUGAAACUGCCUUCACGGGUGCCCACCCAGGUCGACAGUGAUGAAGAGGCUAAGUGGAACCAGACUGAGGAUGAGGGGCAGGGUGGCCGUUGUUGUGCCUGUCCCAAAACAGAGAAACAACUGAAGAAGGAGGCCGAGGACUCAGAGUACCGCAAGACCUUUGAGAACUACAUCCACAAUGAGGUCUUCCUGCUCAAAUCAACCAGGCAGCGCCGCUCAGCCAUGGGCGUAGCUAAUCGGACGCAGCCUUCGUUCGCGACGACGCCCCCCACCCUGCCUGAAGGUUACGCCACCCGCGGCCCAGACGAAGAGGAUGGUGUGGAGAGCACUAAGGUCCAGCUGACUGUGUUCUCCAAGGAGUCCACGGUCAUCUCCGGCCUCCGACACUUCACCUCGUACCAGAUUGAUGUGUUGGCCUGUAACCACCCCACAGACCCUUCACGCUGCAGUAUGGCAGCCUUCGUCUCAGCUCGCACCAUGCCUGAGGACAAAGCAGAUGACAUCGUGGGCCCCAUCAGCUAUGAUGUGUCUGAGUACUCUGUUCACAUCAAGUGGCUGGAGCCCAAAGCUCCCAAUGGAAUGAUCAUCCUGUACGAAGUCAACUACAAGAGACUGGGAGACACAGAGGAGUUGCACCACUGUGUGUCCAGGAAGAUGUACCAGCAGUCGGAGGGCUGCAAGCUGAGAGUGGUGCACCCUGGGAACUACACCGUGAGGAUCCGAGCCACGUCGCUGGCAGGAAACGGCUCCUGGACCGACCCCACACACUUCUACGUACAGGACCUGCGGGUGGACCCAUCCAGCCUAUUGAUUAUCGUUGGUCCAGUCAUCUUUGUCGUUCUGCUGAUACUGGUGGCAGCGGGAGGAUUCGUCGUGUUCAGGAAGAAGCAAACCCAGGGCCCCUCUGGACCUCUCUACACCUCCUCCAACCCAGAGUACCUCAGUGCUGCUGACAUGUACGAGCCAGACGACUGGGAGGUGGGCAGGGAUAAGAUCAACAUCCUGCGAGAGCUGGGUCAGGGCUCGUUCGGCAUGGUCUACGAGGGCAUCGCCAAGGACAUCGUGAAGGGAGAGCCAGAGACACAUGUGGCGGUGAAGACGGUCAACGAGUCGGCCAGCCUGAGGGAGAGGAUAGAGUUCCUCAACGAGGCCUCCGUCAUGAAGGGCUUCACCUGCCACCAUGUGGUGCGUCUGAUGGGUGUGGUCUCUAAGGGCCAGCCCACUCUAGUUGUCAUGGAGCUGAUGACCCAUGGCGACCUGAAGAGCUACCUCCGCUGCCUCCGCCCCGACUCUGAGAAUAAUCCUACUGGGCGCCUGCCUCCAACGCUGAGGGAGAUGGUCCAGAUGGCGGCAGAGAUAGCAGACGGCAUGGCCUACCUCAACGCCAAAAAGUUUGUCCACAGAGAUCUGGCCGCUAGGAACUGCAUGGUGGCACAGGACUUCACUGUCAAGAUAGGAGACUUUGGUAUGACCAGAGACAUCUAUGAGACAGACUACUACCGUAAAGGUGGGAAGGGUCUGCUUCCUGUCCGCUGGAUGGCUCCUGAGUCUCUGAAGGACGGAGUGUUCACUGCACACUCAGACUGCUGGUCGUUUGGGGUGGUGUUGUGGGAGAUCAGUACCCUAGCAGAGCAGCCGUACCAGGGCCUGUCUAACGAGCAGGUCCUGAAGUUCGUCAUGGACGGAGGAUAUCUGGACCGACCAGACAACUGUGCUGACCGGCUACACAACUUGAUGUCAAUGUGCUGGCAGUACAACCCCAAGCUGCGUCCUAGCUUCCAGGAGAUCAUUGAGAUGCUCCACGAGGACCUUCACCAGUCCUUCCAGGAGGUCUCCUUCUACUAUAGCCAGGAGAACAAGCCUCCGGAGCAGGAGGACUUUGACCUGGACGUGGACAACAUGGAGAGCAUUCCCCUGGACCCGUCCUCCUACUCCCAGAGAGGGGACCACAGUUCCUCCUACUCCCAGAGAGGGGACCACAGCUCGGAGCGGGACGAGGCGGGUUCAUCACUGGGGUUGAGACAAAACAACUAUGAGGAACACAUCCCGUACACACACAUGAACGGGGGAAAGACUAACGGACGGACACUAGCCCUCCCUCGGUCUAGUCCCUCCUAACAUAACAUUAUAUGGGGUAAGGGUCUAGUCCCUCCUAACAUAACAUUAUAUGGGGUAAGGGUCUAGUCCCUCCUAACAGAACAUGAUAUGGGGUAAGGGUCUAGUCCCUCCUAACAGAACAUUAUAUGGGGUAAGGGUCUAGUCCCUCCUAACAGAACAUUAUAUGGGGUAAGGGUCUAGUCCCUCCUAACAGAACAUUAUAUGGGGUAAGGGUCUAGUCCCUCCUAACAGAACAUUAUAUGGGGUAAGGGUCUAGUCCCUCCUAACAGAACAUUAUAUGGGGUAAGGGUCUAGUCCCUCCUAACAUAACAGUAUAUGGGGUAAGGGUCUAGUCCCUCCUAACAGAACAUUAUAUGGGGUAAGGGUCUAGUCCCUCCUAACAGAACAUUAUAUGGGGUAAGGGUCUAGUCCCUCCUAACAGAACAUUAUAUGGGGUAAGGGUCUAGUCCCUCCUAACAGAACAUUAUAUGGGGUAUGGUAUGCCCAUCCCUUUCCCUCACACAGUUUUUUGUUUUGUCGUUUUAUAUAGAUUAUCACUUGUUCAGAGGCCUCCUGGAAGUGUUACAGCACAUAUCUCAGGACAUUAUUGCUCUCUGUUGUCAAGACGCCACCUUCAUUACACUACAGUAUGUAGCCAUGUUGUCCAAUGUCCACCAGGACAGAACACACAACCAACCACACAGACACUUUUUGUAUUCAAGAAAGACGAACCUCCCUCCAUACUGCUUCUCUCUUGUCCGCAAUCAUUUUUUUUGUUUUAUAUUGCCAAGUUUCCACGAAUGGGGUGGCGGAGGUAGAAAUCAACUGUGAAAAUAACUCAACUUUGGGUCAACCUGAAGGCUGCUAACCCAAGGACUCUCCAAACUUUCCCUUCCCCAGGCUGAGGCUCCCUCCCUGGGCAGCUCAGCCCUCACUGGGUCCCUGGGUCUCCCUGGGCCAUGGAGGUCCCCCAUGGGGUCGCUCAGUGUAAAAGUGCCCUUUUAUCUCUCUGUCUGUGACCUUUAUCUAAUGUCAUGGAGCUGUCUCUGUCUGUGACCUGCAUCUAAUGUCAUGGAGCUGUGUCUCUGUCUGUGACCUUUAUCUAAUGUCAUGGAGCUGUGUCUCUGUCUGUGACCUUUAUCUAAUGUCAUGGAGCUGUCUCUGUCUGUGACCUGCAUCUAAUGUCAUGGAGCUGUCUUUGUCUGUGACCUUUAUUUAAUGUCAUGGAGCGGUCUCUGUCUGUGACCUGCAUCUAAUGUCAUGGAGCUGUCUCUCUGUGACCUGCAUCUAAUGUCAUGGAGCUGUCUCUCUGUGACCUGCAUCUAAUGUCAUGGAGCUGUCUUUGUCUGUGACCUUUAUCUAAUGUCAUGGAGCUGUCUCUCUCUGUGACCUUUAUCUAAUGUCAUGGAGCUGUCUCUCUGUGACCUGCAUCUAAUGUCAUGGAGCUGUCUCUCUGUAUCUUUGUACUCUCGAGUUGUCAAGGAACGACAGACUUUCUGAGACUUUAGAACUAGCUAACUUUUGGAUGGAUGAAUGUGUCAAAUCCAUAUUCGAAUCUUCUAACAAACUUUAUCGAUCCACUGGAGAAGGUUGUUGUCAUCUCUCCUCACACUCUGCAGUAUUACAAACAUCACACAGAAAGAAUUAACAGAUUUCUCUGGGUAUAUUUUUUUAUUUAUUUAGGUUUCAUUUUCUCAUUUUGAGUUUUCACAUUUACAGCUGAAGGAUAUUAAAAAAUCUGUUUGAGAAAAGAAAACAUUUUUACAAAAAAAAACAAGUUCCUCAGAUGACCAAUAGAUGCUUCUUUUGAUAUAUUUUAGUGGGUAUAGAAAAUAUAAAUAUAUAAAUAUAUUAUUGAUGGGGUUUUUUGUACAUAGUUGUUGACAUUGUCUUUCAUGAGGUAUUUUCGGUCUGUAGAAAAACAUGUUUGUCUCUCUAUGUUUUCUUUUUUCUAAUCCAGAAAUCAUACUAAUAAUCAUUUGGACUUGUGAUCAACCAGCAGCACUUGGUCUUUCGUCUCCGUAUCAGAUGCACAGUAAGACGGGAGGAUGUUGGCUUGGCCUGUUGAUAUCUAAUCAAACUGUCUGCUCUAGAUAAAUAAAGCAGCGUGGUGCAACAUAACAACGCUCUGUCUCGCUCUC